AACGGUGUGACUCUUGGAGGAGGAGGAGUUGUUGCUAGAGCGUCCUUCCGCCGGCCCCUGAUACCGUCGCCGAGCAUGGCGGUUGCGCAGCGGGCGAACGGGAAGCGGUUACUCCUGCAGUAUCUGCGGAAAGCCUCGCCUUCGUUUUUUGCCUUGGGACCCUGCCGCCAUCGCCAUUACAAGAAGAAAUGGGCAGCGACUGAUCCUCGGCCAACUAGUACCAGAGUGGCUCUCCAGGUCUUUGACAUGAAUUAUGGAGACCAGUUUGGCAGCCUCUGGCCCUCAAUUCGCAUCAGUCUCCUAUCAAUGCAAAAAUAUGGGGCUCUAGUCAACAAUUUUUCUGAUGUAGAACAAGUCAUUCAGAGUCUGAAAGACCUGAGUGCAGUAGAUUUCAUCCAAGAAUCUCAGAAAGUCAUCAAGGAAUUAGAUUCCUCCAUUGAAGAAGAUGACAGCAUGCCAACUUCAUCUCUCCAAAUUCAGAUAGAACUUUCAAAGACUCAAGUACAGCAUUUUGCUUCUGUCAGUCCUAACAUCAAAUGUUACACAUUCCCUAAAGGAGACAUCAGUCGUUUUCGUCAAGCUAGACCAGACUUUAUAGGAAUUCUUGGUUACUAUCUCCUGGAUGCUGCCUCAAUUUUACCUGUUUUGGCUCUCAAUGUAGAGCCUGGAAACAUAGUCCUUGACCUUUGUGCAGCCCCAGGUGGGAAGACACUGGCACUUUUACAGACUGGGCAUUGUCAUGAGCUGACAGCCAAUGAUGUCUCUAUGUCUCGCACGGUCCGGCUACGUAAUGUCCUUCGCAGCUAUCUUCCCAAAGAGAUCCAAAACAUAAUGCAGGUUACUUCGUGGGAUGGAAGGAACUGGUGUCAUACUGAUACGGGUACUUUUGAUAAGGUACUUGUUGACGUGCCAUGCACAAAUGAUCGAAAGUCAGUCUUGGAAAACGAUAACAAUAUCUUCACGUAUUCAAGAAAAGGGGAACGUCAGAUGUUGCCAAUGCUGCAGCUACAACUGCUCAUAGCUGGAGUCCUUGCUGCCAAGCCAGGAGGAGAGGUAGUAUACUCCACAUGCUCUCUGUCUGAGCUCCAAAAUGAGUAUGUGGUUGAGAGAGCUGUGGAGUUAUUAAACAUCCAGUACAGCAUCAAUGUGAGAGUAGAGGACUUGAGCCAUUUUCGGACAUUGUUCCAGAACACAUUUUCUUUCUAUUCAAAUUGUAGAGUUGGAGAACUUAUCCUGCCUCACCUCACAGCUAACUUUGGACCCAUGUAUUUUUGCAAAUUACACAGAAUGAAUUAGAUUGAAGAAAGAACAGUGUAAAAGGAAGAAAGGGAUUUCCCAUAUAUUAUUAAACAUCUCUUCAAAAGUCGUAAUGGAAUUUA